AUGGCCUACAAGCUGCCCCAGCAGGCCCUGUACGCCUUCCAGCUCCCGCCCGACCUCCUCGCCGCCCUCCAGCCGCGCCAACUCGUCAUCCCCGACUCGCACCCGCUCCACCCCUCGAACCGCCUCCAGGACCUCGUCGACCAGGACCCUGCCACCCCACCGCCAACCGCCACCCGCACCCCGGGCAACAACUACACCUGCGCCCUCACCGGCGCAUCCUUCCCGACCCUCGACGGCCUCAAGCACCACUACCGGACAGACUGGUACCGCUACAACGUAAAGCUCCGCCUCGAAGGCAAGAAGACGCCCGUCGCCGAGGACGACUUUAACCGCCUCGUCGACAACCUCAGCGCCUCGAUCUCGGGGUCGGACGCCUCGUCAGCCUCUACGUCCGACUCGGACUUUUCCGCCUCGGACGACGACCGCGCCACCGCCGCCGCCGAGUCGGGCUCGAACCUGUCGCGCGUCCUGCGCAAGACGCACCUCUCGCGCGCCGCCGACAAGGACGGCAACGGCGACGACGGCGACGACGACGACGUCCUCGCCGGACCGAGGACGGCCCUCCAGUGGUUCGAGGCGCCGACCGUCGCCGACGAGACGCAGUACGGCGUCGCGCGCGCGGCCCUUCCCCUCGCGGGCGCCCGCAAGCGCGCGCUCCCAGGCGCAGAAGAGGGCCGCGCCGUCCUCGACGAGCUGCGUGCGCUCCAGCUCGCGCCCGAGGCGGCACCAUCGUCGGCGGCGGCGGCAGCAACGGCGGCGGCGGUGGGCGGCGACGAGCGCAAGUGGACGCUGCUCAUGUUUGGCGGCGGGCACUUUGCCGGCAUGGUCGUCCAGCUGCGGCCCAAGCUCGUCAGUCGGGGCAAGGGCAAGGACAAGGAGCGCGAGGUCGUCGUCCUCGCCAAGAAGACGUUCCACCGCUACACGACUCGUCGCAAGCAGGGAGGAGCGCAGAGCACCAACGACUCGGGCAAGGGCAAGGCAAAGUCGGCCGGCGCCAUGAUCCGCCGGCACAACGAGGCGGCCCUCACCGAUGAAGUGCGCGAGCUCCUCGGCUCGUGGGCGCCCGAGAUCCGCUCGUCCGAGCUCGUCUUCCUGCGCUGCUCCAAGAACAACUACCGCACCUUCUUCGGCUACGACGACGACGCGCCGUUGCAAAAGGGCGACGCGCGCAUUCGAGGGUUCGGCUUCCCGACCAAGCGGCCGACCAUCAACGAGCUCAUGCGCUCGUUCCUCGAGCUCACCCGCGUCAAGACGUCGCACCUGUCGGCCUCGGCUCUCGCCGCCCUCGACGCCUCGUACCUGUCGUCCAUCGCGCCCAAGCCCGCACCCGCGCCACCCGCACCUGCCUCGUCGUCGACCAAGAAGGAGCCCGCCAAGCCCGCCGAGCCGCAGCUCACAAAGGCCGAGGAGCUCGAGCGCGACCGGUGGACCCGCCUCGUCGACAUGGUGCGCAAGGGCCGCGUGGACGCGCUCCGCGCCUUUCUCGACAAGUACGGUCCCGAGCUCGAGUCGGGCCACGAGGACGGUCCCGCCGCCGCCGCCGACUCGUCGUCGCCAUCGGCGUCGCCGACCGCUCGGGCCGCGCCCGCGCCGGGCACGACGCGCGGCAAGCUCCCCUCGUGGUGGGACGCCCGCGAGCGCGAGCGCACCCCGACGCUCCUGCACUGCGCCGCGUCGGCCGACCAAGCGCACGUCGUGCGCUUCCUCCUCGAGUCGCCCUCGUCGCCCUCGCCCGACCCGACCUACCUCUCGCCCCUCGGCCGCACCCCGUACGAGCUGUGCGGCUCGCGCGCGACGCGCAACCAGUUCCGGUUCGUCGCCUUUUCGGACCCGGCGCGGUGCGACUGGGUCGGCGCGGCGCGCGUCCCGAGCGGGCUCGACGAGCGCGUCGAGCUCGAGAAAGAGCGCCGCGAGGAGGAGCGCCGGGCCAAGGCGCGCGAGCGCGACGAGGUGCGCGAGCGCGAGCGGGUCGCCGAGCUCGAGGCGGCGCGCGAGAAGGAGGAGCAGCGCGUGCGGGAGGCGCAGGCGCGCGCGCCGAGCUUGAAGGCGGGCGUGAACCGGCUCGGAGGGGGCCCGCCCGCCGUCAUCCAGGACCGGCAGCGGUCGGGACUGAGCGAGGAGCAGAAGCGGCGCGUCGAGCGCGAGGAGCGCGCGAGGGCGGCAGAGGCGAGGCUCAAGCGGCUCGGCGGCGGCGGAGCUUGACGAGGGCCAGAGCGGUGGAAUAGAGCAGCUUGGCAGCA